AUGGCAUCUACACCCGCCUCUGAUCCUACGAACACAGCCCGUCGAGACGGAAACCAAGAUGACUCGCCUUCCCCGCCACCAGCAGCGCCCGUCCCGCUAACUCCUGGCCCACGCGCAUCGCGACUCCAGCAAGUCUUCUCCCAGGCGUUACUACACACGAUCCGGACGAACUCCUACGCAAACUUUUCAUCCUGUUUCCCGACACCUGCGAAACAUGUUCCGCGCAGCUUGGAGUCGGUAUGGAGACAGUUGAAUGCCAAGCUGGAAGAGAGCGCGAAGGCAGAGUUCGAUGAUAUCCUUCACGAAAGAGGGGUGGUGAGGGGGUUGAACGAGCUUGACAGGCUCGUUGGAGAAGCUAAGCAUCGGAGGGAGAAUGGCGAGGGAGCUAAUAGUGUGCCUGCCCAUACUCUCACGGCAAAAGAGCUAUACCAGGCGCAUCUGACGCCAAUUCUUGCAAAAGCGCAAUCAUCUCUUGAUUCGCAGACAGAAGAGGUCCAGAGAAAGAAUAUUCAGCUUGCGUCAAAGGUUGAAUCUCAAAAACAAGAGAUCCAGCAGCUACUGGCUAGCCUUGAAGCUGUAGUUGGAGAUAUUGAGGGUGCAGUUGAGUCAAUGCGCGAAUUCGAUGCCGACGAUGUACUACGAAAAGAAGCAGAACAAAUGGAUGAAGAGAUUAGGCCUUCGCGACCUUCGUGA